UUUCACCAUUUUGUGACUCAGAACACUAUUCAUUUGAAUAGUGUUUGAACUCCAACUUUUAAAAGGUCUAAGAUUCUCUAUAUUUAAGUACAAGUUGCAAACAUCUUACACUCAACUUCAAAACUAAAUACCCCAAUUCCCAAAUCUUUUUUCACUACUCAUGCAAAAUUAAUCAUUCAAUAUAUUAUAUCUUAUAUCCACCCUCAAAAAAAUGAAUCAAUCACCGAUCAAAACCAAAGAUAGCUGUUACCGGUGUAAACAAGUUGGUCAUUGGGCCAAGGACUGCACACAAAGUCCCAACAAACGGAGCCCCAACUUUCGGAGCCCCAUGCCGAUACCUUCUUCUGAUUACCCAGCUACUCACUGCCCAUGUGGUGCCGGGGUUUGUGAAAUUCGGGUCUCCCACAGCGAGAAGAACCCGAAUCGCGAGUUCUAUAAGUGCCCAGGAAAAAAUGAGAAGCAUUGUGAGUAUUUUAUGUGGUGUGAUAGUCUAAAGAGAGAAGACAUCCUGGAAGUUCAACCUAGAGAAUAUCCAACAUGUGGAUGUGGAGCUGGAGUUUGUCGCCUUAAGACUGAAGAGAGUGAACCUAAUAAUGGGCGAAGCUAUUAUGCCUGCCAUAUCAAGGAGGGAUAUGGAGCUUGUAAGUUUAGGCAAUGGGUGGAUAUUCCUCUGGAAGAGAAACAACUGAGCCCUGAAGAUGAAAUUAGAAUUGAUGCUAUCUUCGAUUGUGCCAAGGAAUUCUCCUCAGAAGAGGAUCAGGUGCAAAUGGAGAAUGGACUGGACAUUUCAUCUUUAGUAGCACUCGAGAACGACGACUGGCCAGUGCAGGGUACUUCGCCGUGCACAGACAGGUUCUAGGAUCAUCCCUGAAGGAAGAGAAACAAACAAGUUAAUAGAUGCCUUGGCAACAAUGGGGCAAAGGGGAGAACAAAUGGUUUUCAUAACAUUUGUAUUUUGUCUAUUCCUCUUCCAGAUUGUUCAAACUUUUAUUUAGCAGACAAUUUAAACUGUAAUAUCGCAAGUACUUUAAGCGAUGGUCCACAUAUGGAGUCAUCAUGGUCUGUAACAAACUCUAUUAGUAGCUAAUUAGAUUUGUUCGUCUCUUCCAAAAAAACAUAGCGAGUUGAGCAUAUAUAACAGUGUGUGUAUAUGAUGCUCAAUGUUUUGUGAAAAGGGUGAAGCUAUAGUGAGAAACCGAGUUAGAAAUUGUUGUCUUUUGUGAGUGAUAAAACUGUAAGAAGCUUUCACUAGCAAUAUUUGAGAAUAUAAGAUCUCUCUCAUCUUUUGUCAA